AUGGCUUUUCUCUUUUAUUUUUCUCCUAUUGUUAUCUCCACAUUCUUUCUUAUGAUCACUUCUUGCAUAGCAUCAAAUGAUCAAACUCCCAAGCCUUACAUUGUAUAUAUGGGUAGUCCUUUGAAUAACAACGGAGACUCAGCUGAAAUUUCAGAAUUAACUCAUCUACAAAUGUUGUCAUCCAUUAUCCCAAGUGAAGAAAGUGAGAGAAUCUCAGUGAAGCAUUCAUUUCAUCAUGCCUAUAGGGGCUUUUGUGCCUUGCUUACUAAACAAGAAGCCACCCUUUUGUCUGGUUAUGAAGAGGUUGUAUCAGUAUUUCCAGAUCCUAUACUUGAACUUCAUACAACACGUUCCUGGGAUUUUUUGGGAUCUUAUUAUUCUACCAACUACAAUUACCAUGCUUCUUCUAAUUAUGACGUUAUUAUUGGAGUUAUUGACACAGGCAUAUGGCCAGAGUCACCUAGUUUUGAUGACCAACAUAUUGGAGAAGUACCAUCAAGAUGGAAAGGAGUUUGCAUGGAAGGAUUUGACUUUCACAAGUCAAACUGCAAUAGGAAGUUGAUUGGAGCAAGAUUUUACGAUAUUGAAGAUCAAGAUUCCAACAUCACAAAAUUACCUAAAAACACUACAAAACCAAAUGGAACACCAAGGGACAGAGUAGGGCAUGGAACAAACACAGCCUCAAUUGCAGCAGGUGCAUUUGUCCCUAAUGCCACUUACUAUGGCCUAGCAAGUGGCAUUGCUAGGGGAGGCUCACCCUCUUCUAGGAUAGCAACUUACAAAGCAUGCUCAGAGGGAUAUUGUCAAGGUUCUGCGAUACUUAAAGCGAUUGAUGAUGCAAUUAAAGAUGGAGUUGACAUAAUUUCAAUAUCUAUUGGAAGAAGUUUUGUUUUUCAAACUGAUUUUAAGGAUGAUCCAAUUGCAAUUGGGGCUUUUCAUGCUGCUGAAAGAGGUAUUGGUGUUGUCUGUUCUGGUGGGAAUGAAGGGCCUGAUCCUUACACUGUUACCAACUCUGCUCCUUGGAUUUUCACUGUUGCUGCUUCUACUAUUGAUAGAAAAUUUCAGUCCAUUGUUGCCCUGGGAAACAAUGUCACUUUGAAGGGAACAGGAAUAAGUUUCUAUACUAGUGGUCACGCCAAAACUUAUCCCCUUGCAUUUGGUGAAAAUGUUCAUUUCCACCCCUCGUUAACUUCUCAAGCCAGGUAUUGUAUGCCAGGGUCACUUGAUGCUAAAAAAGUUGCUGGGAAAAUAAUUGUUUGUAUGAAUGAUGGCUGGUCAGUAUCAAGAUUAAUCAAGAAAUUAGUAGUGCAAGAUGCCAAUGCAAAAGGUUUAAUUUUAAUUGAUGAGCAAGAGAAAAGUUCCCCAUUUGAUUCAGGCAGUUUCCCAUUUGCUGAAUUUGGAAAAAUAGCUGGGGCAAAAAUUCUUCAAUAUAUUAAUUCCUCCCAAAAUCCACAUGCGACUAUAUUUCCGGCUAAUGAGAUCCGAAGAUUUAAGCCAGCUCCAGUAGUCGCAGAUUUUUCUUCACGUGGACCUGCCACACUUACCGAGAAUAUUCUUAAGCCUGAUAUAACAGCUCCUGGUGUUGGCAUUUUAUCAGCUAUGAUUCCAAAUACUGAAAAAGGAUCAUCUUUGUUUGGUAUUACAUCAGGAACAUCAAUGGCAUGUCCACAUGUAAGUGGAGCUAUGGCCUUCAUUAAAUCAAUUCACCCAACAUGGACCUUCUCAAUGAUCAAAUCUGCUAUAAUGACAACAGCAACAAUAUCUAAUAAUCUGAGAAAGCCCUUGACAAAUACAUCAAAUCUUGAUGCAAGUCCACAUGAAAUUGGUGCUGGUGAAUUAAACCCUAUUAAAGCUCUAAAUCCAGCCUUAAUAUUUGAAACAACCAUGAUUGAUUACUAUAACUUCCUUUGUUAUUAUGGAUACAAAGAAAAAGAACUUAGAUUAAUAGUAUCAAAGAAAAAUAAUUUUUAUUGUCCAAGAAAUAGUACUAGUACUACCAAAAAGGAACUCAUAUCACACAUGAAUUACCCUUCAAUCUCUAUAAAAAAACUUGAUCAAGGGGUCUCCAAAGUCAAACGAGUUGCAAUGAAUGUUGGUUCUCCAAAUGCCACGUAUACUUCCUCGAUUAUUGGUCCACCCGGUUUGAUUGUUAGGGUUCUUCCAAGAAAGAUUGAAUUUGUGAAAGAAAUAAAGAAAGUUUCGUUUGAAAUAUCGUUUGACGGUAAAAAAGCAUCAAAAGGUUAUAAUUUUGGAUUUAUAAUAUGGUCAGAUGGCUUUCAUAAGGUUAAGAUGGUAUUUGCAGUGAAUGUUGAGUAG